CUGCGCAGUAGUGCGCGCGCGAUCGGAGCGCGAGGUACGUUUGUGGACGUAUAUACGGUGUGUCGAGAGUGAAAAUAAUAAGGAAGGGAGAGAUUCUCUCCCUCGCGCUCCCCUUAUAUGUACGAUGCGCGAGAUCCGAGGCUCGGAUGAUUGAUGUGUCACGAUCAGCUGUUCCGCUUUGACAGGUCACGCCGGUGCGAGGGAUGCGCUCCGUCCGCUGAAGGGCGAUUAAAUAAAGGACGCGCGUACGACGAUAAUAAUAAUAGUAUAUAUAUAUAUAUAUAUAUAUAUAUAUAAUAACAACAACGCGGGCGCCUCGCGCUUUAGUAAGGAUGGUGGAGCCUCUCUUCGACUACCAGUUUCGGCUGAUCCUGAUCGGCGACAGCACGGUUGGGAAAAGUUCUCUCCUGAAAUACUUCACCGAUGGCAAAUUCGCGGAGCUUUCAGAUCCAACGGUUGGAGUGGAUUUCUUCGCACGGUUAAUAGAAGUCAAGGAUGGGACAAGGAUAAAGUUGCAAUUGUGGGAUACAGCUGGUCAGGAGAGAUUUAGGUCAAUUACAAAAUCGUACUAUAGAAACUCUGUGGGAGCCCUCCUCAUAUAUGAUGUAUGCAAUAGAGCGAGUUUUGAACAUAUUCCUCAGUGGAUGAUGGAGGCCCGCAGACAUAUUGAGCCACAUCGUCCUGUAUUCGCUUUGGUAGGCUGUAAGUUGGAUCUGGUGACCAAUGGUGGUAGACGGGAGGUCUCCAAGGAGGAGGCCAGAGCGUUUGCCGACGAACAUGGUGUGCAUCAUAUUGAGACCAGUGCGAAGACUGGUGUGAAUGUCGAAGAGGCGUUUCGAGCUGUAACGCAGGAAGUUUAUAAUAGGAUACAAACUGGGGAAUACAAAGUAGAGGACGGUUGGGAUGGCAUCAAAACUGGAUUUGCUAGGCCUGGUGGUUUAGAUUUCAACCUAGUCGAGGCAGAACCGGCAAAGACUUCGUGUUGUUAAGUUAUUAUUUUGAUUUAUCAAAGUAAGAAAAGGAAGGAAGGAAGAAAAAAACAGAAUUCGGAGAAUGCAGAUGGAAUAGUUAUUUCAGGGAAAAAAAAUACAUUAAAUAUGUAAUUUAAUGAAUAUACGAGCAUGUUGUUUACCUGUAUAUGUGUUACAUAUAAUUCAGACUGUAAAGUUAUUUAUUGCAUUAAUAUAUAUAUGACAGAUUGUUUCUACAAGAUUUACGUACUGUGUUAAUGUUUUGUUAAGUAGCAACACACAUAGGCACAAUUCUUUUUACUCACUGCGACGAAUAACUUUCUACUGCAUUCUUUCUCUUUAGGAAAAAGACUAACAAUUAUUGAAAAUUACGUAUAUAUGAUUUUUGUACAUAUAUAAUUUGCAUAAAUCCUCAGAUGACUAAUAAAAUUCGUACAAUUUCUUAGAAUAAUUGAAUAUUCAUAGAAAAGAAAACUAUACGAAGAUUUAUUUCUUCGAAAUAUAAACGUUCCAAAAAGCAGCGAUUCUUUAUGGAUUAUGGACUGAAUAAGAGAAACACCACUUAUGCACACUUUUUAUCUUUGAAUGACGUACAUAUCCUAUUAUUUGAAGCUACUGUGCCAAGUUUGUAUUAUAUAAAGUUAAUCAUGUGAAAAUGGUAGCAAUUUGAAGUAGUUUUUCUUCCCUUUAAUUUGAAAGUACUUGUUCAAAUAAAUAUUACGUAUGCGUUUUCGUAAGAAUGUGAAAGCAAAAUCAAGAUCGACCAUAAACUGCGUUAAUUAGAGUUUUGCAACAAAGUCUGAAAUUAUAUAAUAAAUUUCAACGUUCUCUACUUAGAUUCCUUAAUGGCUUAUUUAGCGAUAACGAGAUGCGUAAUUGUAACUUCAGCAAUUUGCUGAGAAACAUCGUAUCGUAGCACCUCUUGACCAUUAAAUCAAUCACAGAAUUCUUAACAGAAUGUGCACAGUUCUGUAAACAUGAACUUUAUUGGUCAUCUGAUAUGUUAACACUAUAUGAUAUCACAAUAAGCAUUGAAUUAGGAUUGUUUUUAUAAACUGUUUCAACAACAUGCGACACAUAAUGUAGGAAACAUUUAAAACCGUAAAGACAUUUUCAUAACAUGAGGCUGUUUGGUGUCACUUUGUCUAUCACGGAUCAGUAAUGUUGUUCAAUAAAAGACUGUGCAGUUUUGUUGAAUUGAUUUGUCUUUGUGAAAUAAUAAAAGUUUAUUUCUACAAAUAACAA